AUGGGUCUUGGUUUCUGGGGUUAUGCACUGAUUCUUCCUCUGUUCUUGAAGCAAUUUUCUUGCCAAGAACCAAACACAGAUGGUUUCUUUGUCUCUGAUUUCUUCAAACAAAUGGGUUUAAGCUCUUCUCAAGCUUACAACUUCUCUGCUCCCUUCUGUUCAUGGCAAGGCUUGUUCUGUGAUUCUCAGAACGAGCAUGUGAUUGUGUUAAUUGCUUCUGGAAUGGGUUUAUCUGGUCCAAUCCCUGACACAACCAUUGGUAAACUCAGCAAGCUCCAAUCUUUGGAUCUCAGCAACAACAAAAUCUCUGCUUUGCCAUCUGAUUUCUGGAGUUUGAACACUUUGAAGAGUCUCAACCUCUCCUUCAACCAGAUCUCUGGGUCUUUCCCUAGCAAUGUUGGAAACUUUGGGCAGCUUGAGUCCCUUGACAUCUCUCACAACAAUUUCUCUGGUCAAAUCCCUGAAGCUGUGGAUUCUCUUGUUAGCUUGAGAGUCUUGAACCUUGAUCACAAUGGGUUUCAGAUGUCAAUACCAAGAGGACUUCUCGGUUGUCAAUCUCUGGUUUCCAUUGAUCUCUCCUCUAACAGGCUUGAAGGGUCUCUACCUGAUGGGUUUGGCUCUGCAUUUCCAAAGCUCAAAACUUUGAACCUUGCAGGAAACAAGAUUCAUGGCAGGGACACAGAUUUUGCUGAUAUGAGAUCCAUCACUUCUCUCAACAUUUCAGGGAAUCAGUUUGAAGGUUCUGCAACAAGUUUAUUCAAGGAGUGUCUUGAGGUGGCUGAUCUCAGCAGAAACCGGUUUCAAGGUCAUAUCUCUCAGGUAGACUCCAACUGGUUUAGUUUGAUAUACCUUGACUUGUCUGAGAAUGAGCUAAGUGGAGAUAUCUUCAAGAAUCUGACACUGCUAAAGAAGCUUAAGCACUUGAAUCUUGCUUGCAAUAGAUUCAACAGAGGGGUGUUUCCGAGGAUCGAGAUGCUUUCUGGUUUAGAGUAUCUUAACUUGUCAAACACAAACCUUUCUGGUCACAUACCUGAAGAGAGCUCAGAGCUGAGUGAUUUGAGCACACUAGAUGUCUCUCGAAACCAUCUAUCAGGACAUAUACCGAUCUUGAGCAUCAAGAACCUCGUGGCUAUCGAUGUUUCGAGGAACAAUUUGACUGGAGAGAUACCAAUCUCUAUCCUUGAGAAGCUCCCUUGGAUGGAGAGAUUCAACUUCUCUUUCAACAACUUAACACUGUGUACCGGAAAAUUCUCACCGGAAACUCUGAUCAGAUCCUUCUUUGGCUCUACAAGCAGCUGCCCUAUCGCUGCAAACCCGACGCUCUUCAAGAGAAGACGAUCAGCCACUGGAGUACUCAAGCUGGCUUUGGCAGUGACGCUUUCCGCUAUGUUCUUGCUCAUAGCAGCACUGGUCUUUGUAGCAUUUGGCCGCAGAAAGAAACCAAAAUCCGGCGAAGCCAAAGAUGUCUCGUUCAAGGAGGAACAAAGCAUUUCAGGUCCAUUCUCUUUCCAAACAGAUUCCACUACAUGGGUUGCUGAUGUCAAGCAGGCAAAUGCUGUUCCAGUGGUUAUCUUUGAGAAGCCAUUGUUGAACAUCACGUUCUCUGAUCUCUUGUCCGCAACUUCGAAUUUCGACAGAGACACUCUCUUAGCGGACGGUAAGUUCGGUCCUGUUUACAGAGGUUUCCUCCCCGGUGGGAUUCACGUAGCUGUCAAAGUUUUGGUCCACGGCUCAACUCUUAGUGACCAAGAAGCAGCGAGAGAGCUCGAGUUUCUUGGAAGAAUCAAGCACCCGAAUCUUGUUCCUUUAAUCGGAUAUUGCAUAGCCGGUGAUCAAAGAAUCGCUAUUUACGAGUACAUGGAGAAUGGUAACUUGCAAAACCUGCUUCACGAUCUACCGUUUGGCGUUCAGACAACAGAUGAUUGGAGCACUGAUACAUGGGAAGAAGAAGAUGACAAUGGAAUCCAAAACAUAGGGCAUGAGGGUCCCGUGGCGACAUGGCGGUUUAGGCACAUGAUAGCACUUGGAACCGCCCGAGCAUUGGCCUUUCUUCACCACGGUUGUUCACCGCCAAUGAUCCAUAGGGAUGUGAAAGCUAGUAGUGUGUAUCUUGACCAGAAUUUGGAGCCAAGAUUAUCCGAUUUCGGUUUAGCUAAAGUCUUUGGAAGUGGACUAGACGAUGAGAUCACCAACGGCUCACCCGGUUAUCUCCCUCCCGAGUUCUUGCAAACCGAACACGAGAUGCCGACACCGAAGUCUGAUGUCUAUUGCUUUGGAGUGGUUCUGUUUGAGCUGAUCACAGGGAAAAAGCCUGUUGAAGAUGAGUAUCUUGAUGAGAAAGAUACAGACUUGGUGAGUUGGGUUCGAAGUUUGGUUAGGAAGAACCAAGGAUCAAAAGCUAUUGAUCCCAAAAUCCAAGAGACAGGCUCAGAAGAUCAGAUGGAAGAAGCUCUCAAGAUUGGAUACCUUUGUACUGCUGAUCUUCCUUCAAAGCGGCCAAGUAUGCAGCAAGUCGUGGGUCUUCUUAAAGAUAUCGAACCUAAACAUAAUCAAUGA